AUCAGUGUGGUUCAGACCGGCUUGGAGGGAGGGUGUUGUGCUGCGGUGCUCCGGUGCUGUGACUUGGGGCUCUGGAGGUGGUGAAGGCGGUGGUGAUGAGCGGUGCUGUGGCGGUGGUGACGCGGAGAUGAUGAUGGUGAUGCUGUGGGUGCUGUGUGGUGCCCUGCUGUCCGUGGCGUCCGCUGCGGGCGGCGCGCGGUCCUGCUAUCACUGCCGGGUGCGGGAGAGCUGCCUGACGGAGGGUGAGGCCAAGGUGCGGCGCUGCGCCCCCGCCGUCGACCACUGCGUCAGGAAGCUCACCCUCAGCAGAGUCACAGGAGUGGCCGUGACGGAGAUGUACUGCGGCGGGCGGGACUUCCUGAACGCCGCGCGGGACCGGGGCUUGGUGGAGGAGCGCUGCUACACGGAGGAGGAGGAGCUGGUGCUGGUGGAGGGCCGCGACCGCCGCACGACCACCACCGUCUGUUACUGCGCCGCCGACCUCUGCAACGCCCACCCGCCUCCGCCCGCGCCUCCUGCUGCCUUGGUCUUCCUCCUCCCUCUCCUCCUCGUCUUCCUCCACUCAGUUAGUUGUGUGUCCGUUCUUCCGUUUUCGUCUUCGUCGUCGGUGGUUGAGUCUUUGAGAACGUGACGGCGUGUUUGAGUAUGUGUGUGUGUGUGUGUGCGUGUGUGUUUUAUAUAAGGGAUGUAGUUGUUAAUAUCGUUGUUAGUUCCUCCUCCUCCUCCUCCUCCUCUCUUCCUCCUCCUCCUCCUCUUCCAUAUAGCACACGUUGAACUGUGAUAUUGUAUUUUUUAUUGCUAUUAUUAUUACUAUAUCAUUACUACAUAUAAGCUUCAUGCGUGUGUGUGUGUGUGUGUGUGUGUGUUUUGCAGUGUAAGCUGAGUACUAUUACCCCAUGAAAGAUAAUAUGUACUUAGAGAGAGAGAGAGAGAGAGAGAGAGAGAGAGAGAGAGAGAGAGAGAGAGAGAGAGAGAGAGAGAGAGAGAGAAAA